UCAUAUAUCAGAAGACAAUACACCAUUAGGAAAGACAUUUCUUCAGACUUGUAGUAUUCUACAAGAGACCCAGAACUCAAGACUUGUAGUCAAUCCUCUUAAGCAAACAAGAAGAUGAAGCAAAAGAUCCUGUUUAGAGUGACUAUGACUGAUGACAAGACCCGAGCAAAAGCUAUGACAAAAGCAGUUCAGUUCAAGGGUGUCUCAGCCGUGGAGAUAAAAGGCGAUCACCGGAACCAGAUAGAGGUGACUGGUACUGAAGUUGACAUGAUCGGCCUCACCAAAAGGCUCAGAAAGAAGGUAGCCUUUGCAGAGCUUGUAAGCGUGAGCAAAGUCGAACCUCCAAAGAAGCCAGAAGAGAAGAAGGAUGGGGACAAAAAGGAUGGCGAUAAGAAAGAUGGUGACAAAAAGGAAGGCGAUAAGAAAGAUGGAGACAAGAAGAAGGAAGAGGAGAAGAAGCCCGCGCCCUGUAAACCAUGUCCACCGCCAUGUAAACCAUGUCCUCCGCCGCCAUGCAAUCCAUGUCCUCCUCCUCCUCCUCCUCCCUGUUAUCCAUCUCCUCAAGGAUACGGCGUGCCUUCCGCAUUUCCCUACCCGUGCAACCCCUACAGUUACAUAGGGGAACCAGUUUACAAUCAGGAACCCGGUUGCACAAUCCUGUGAAAUGGGGUUUGCACGGAGGAAGAUUAAUGGAGAAGAGAUCACAGCUGGUGACCAAAUGUCAAGACCAAAAGAAUCAAUUAUGUUCAGUCACAUGAAUAAAGCUCUAAAGUCCAAAUUAACUUGUGCUAUCUCUACAUGAUACUACUCUCUUUAUGCAUUGCCUAUUAAAUAUUUGUAUGCGCCCAAUCAUAUCAUUUGGCCUACAAUCUGUUUCCUUCCUUGCAUAAA